CGAAUUAUAGUGAUGCUACAAGAGCAUACUAGCUCACUCGCACCGCUUUGCCUGUCGAUUCACGCGUGCCACCCGAGUAGAAUCGCGCCUGCGUCACUGCCUGACAUCAGCGCCGCGCUAUAAAACGCACAGGCACAGCAAGGCCACGUGAGCUGUAGCGCACGCACUAGCGCGUGUCAUCAGGUUAAAAGAGCGACCGAUGCUGAGUGCAACUCGGCUCCUCAGGAGCCACGCGUCCGGCAGUCGCGCAGCAGCCUUCCUUGGAGGACGGCGCCGAUGCAUUGCGGCUCGCGCGGUGCAGCUUGACCGCGAGUCUCCCACCGAGGUAGUGUACGCGGAGGUGACGGAGGCGGCCAGCAGCUCCACUGCCGCUGCUGCCGCGGCUCCCGCUACCACAGUCUUCUAUACAAGCGUCGGCACCAACGACAACGGCAGCCCCGCCGGCUCGGACACGACCCACGGCCUGUCCUUCGCGGAUGCCCAGCCCGGUGGCGGUCCCAGCCCCGAGCCGGUCAAGGUGGCUGAUCUGGACGCCCAGAAGUUCAAGCUGCACCCCAGUGUGGCCUUCUGGCAGGGCUUCUCCUCCCAGAUCAACACCAUGUGGGCGCAGACGGAAGUCAGCAUGACGGCUCCCAUUCAGACGCUGGUGGAGCGGGCGGUGGAGGCCCGGGUGCUGUCUGACCCGCAGUCGGCGGCCUACUGGGCAUACCACACCGCCCGCAUGAGCUUCUUCGUCAGCCAGGCGGCGGCGGGCGUGUUCGCGCACCACCUGUCGGAGACACUACCCAGCAGCCUGUCUGGUCUGGCGAGCCUGGCAGGCCUGGGCUCGGCCGGCGGCAGCGCGGGCGACAGCGGGCCCAAGGUGCAGGAGACGCCGUUCUCGCGGCUGAGUGCCAACGCCGGCAAGGAGUUCGGCAACCGCACGGCGGAGGCCAUCGCCACCUUCCAGCAGGACUACGACAACAUCCGGUCCGGCUACUACCCACUGCCCUGGGACAUGACCUCGCCUCGACACCGCCAGUACAACCCGCUGAACGUUCUGGGCAGGUCGGCACAGUUCAUCCAGGAGUCGGUGGCGACGCUGCGGCGCCGCGUGCGCGGUCAGCCCGAGCCGCUGUGGCUGGAGGGCAGCAAACUAUACCCGCAGUACUACACCAACACCUUCCAUUUCCAGACGGACGGCUGGUUCUCGGCACAGUCCGCCAACGUGUACGAGUUCAGCACGGAGGUGUUGUUCUUCGGGCGGCAGGACGCCAUGCAGCGCACCAGCCUGCUGCCCAUCGCCGACUACGUGCGGGAGAGCGGCGCCCGCCCCGCCGACCUGAAACUGCUCGAGGUGGCGGCGGGCACCGGCCGCUUCCACACCUUCAUCAAGGAUGCGUACCCCGACAUGCGCACGGUGUGCUCCGACCUCAGCCCCUUCUACCUGGCCCGCGCGCGCAACAACGUGCGCUACUGGCGGCGCCUGCGUGCGCCCGGGCGCUUCCUGGGCGGAGUGGACGAGACCGGCACUGAAUUCCUGCAGACUGCCGCGGAGGACAUCGCCGCGCCCGACGAGAGCUUUGACAUCGUUGUGUGCGUGUACCUGUUCCACGAGCUUCCCGAGGCGGUGCGGCGCCGCGCCGUGUCCGAGUUCGCGCGCGUGCUGCGGCCGGGCGGUCUGCUGGUGCUCACAGACAGCGUGCAGCUGGGGGACAGGCCGGCGUGGGACAACACCAUCGGCCUGUUCAGCAACUUCAACGAGCCCUACUACAGGAGCUACGUGGCCUGCGACCUGGGCUCCAUGUGCGAGGAGGCGGGCCUGACCCCCGACACCAAGUACCUGUGCUCCGCCACCAAGACGCUCAGCUUCCGCAAGGCCGUGCCGGGCGAGGCGCCCGCAACCGCCCCGGCCGCCGACAACUGAGCGGGAGCGGUUUGCAGACUUGUCAUGUUCGACGCCAGCUGCGACAACACGAAAGGAGCGGAGAGGACAUGAGGGGAGCGAGAGGAGAGGGGCCAAGCGGUGCGGCUGCGUGGUACAAUGCCCGUUUUGACAAAAUGCAUGUCUGCAAGUCCGCGGCGUCGAGGAAAGGAGAGUGAGUUUGUUGCCCGCCUGAUUUGCGGUUGUGGGGUGACGGAGGGCAGUGUGUGAUGUAUGGAGUGGCUUAGGCACGUGCAUACGUGCACAGUUGUACGCAGCAUACUAAGCACAAGGGCUAUGGCGCUAUGUGCACGCGUGGUCAGCACUGCUGGUAUGUAUGCCAAUGACAUACCGCUUAUAAAGGAUGCAGAACAAACACGUUAAGUGCGGAGCAAAACAAUGCAGUAUUCUUUGAUACCUGUUGACGAGGCCAUCCAUGUUGGUAGGGGGCGGCCUUGCGGGGUGGUGGGGUCAGAAUGUGGGCAGAGUUGGUGGACGGGGUACGAAGUGCUUGCGAGUGAAUGCGAAUGCAAGACGCCGUCGCGAGCUCCAGGCUAGCAAUAAACAUCACGAAAGAAGUUAGUGUCAGCGGCAAUGCGGUUACUUGUUACCUUCGAGACGAGACACCGGUGCGCGCUCCACGCUGCUCCGCAUUCGGCACGCCAAACGGAGUCCGAGUGUCGUGGAGACUGCUGCCGCUUGCAGGGGCGGACGCGUUCCAGCUCGCAACUAGGCUGCUGCCAUUCGCCGCGACAACGCGAAACCCACAAAAUGCACCCACCUGGAACGGAGCCAGGCAUCCGCGGGCGCCCAUGGAGCAUAUGCGUGGGCAAGCGGAAAGAAACGGGAGAAGAAAGAAGCGGCGUGGCGGAUGUCAGUAGCCGAUGCCGGGCAAAGCUGCCGAGCAAGUGAAGCAGGGUGGCUGCCUAGCUGGGGCCGGGCUGAUUAGAGGGCUGAACGGCGGCUGCACCGGGCGAGCUGUACUGGUAGUAUGUACUGGCGCCGGCCAAGCGUGGUAAGUAUGGGCGCCGCUGCAUGGAUCCCGCCCCCAUGUGCCGCGGCGAGGCUGGCGACGAUGCAGUGGCGUACAGCUGACAGCUGAGACGGACGGGCGCGGACCGCUGUGCGGUUCCCCACACCCGUCCAGGGACCGGCCCACGCACGGUGCAGCGGGGCCGGCCGGGUGGGGGAACCGUGCUGACAGCUGAGUGGGCGGCGGGCGGAGGGCUGGCCGAGCUCGGUGCGUGUCCACGGCAUGUACCCGAAACCGCUGAAAAGCCAAACCAAGAAACAAAUUCUCCAGAACCAAAUAACCAAGGUGUAAGACGACGACGACCCGUCCGCGCAGUGCUGCAAUCGCGUGCAUGCGGCCGCGUGAAUGCUCAGGCUGCACCCGCAAGCGGGAGGCUCGCCAGUUCCAAACGCUCGAGGGCGGAACCUCGAGUGGGUCCCUGCCACUGGGCAACAGAUACCGGCGUGAACUUGCCGGGGCCCAGGGGCGAUUAUCCCUGAUACGCCCUGUUAACGAAGUGCUUGCGAGUGAAUGCGAAUGCAAGACGCCGUCGCGAGCUCCAGGCUAGCAAUAAACAUCACGAAAGAAGUUAGUGUCAGCGGCAAUGCGGUUACUUGUUACCUUCGAGACGAGACACCGGUGCGCGCUCCACGCUGCUCCGCAUUCGGCACGCCAAACGGAGUCCGAGUGUCGUGGAGACUGCUGCCGCUUGCAGGGGCGGACGCGUUCCAGCUCGCAACUAGGCUGCUGCCAUUCGCCGCGACAACGCGAAACCCACAAAAUGCACCCACCUGGAACGGAGCCAGGCAUCCGCGGGCGCCCAUGGAGCAUAUGCGUGGGCAAGCGGAAAGAAACGGGAGAAGAAAGAAGCGGCGUGGCGGAUGUCAGUAGCCGAUGCCGGGCAAAGCUGCCGAGCAAGUGAAGCAGGGUGGCUGCCUAGCUGGGGCCGGGCUGAUUAGAGGGCUGAACGGCGGCUGCACCGGGCGAGCUGUACUGGUAGUAUGUACUGGCGCCGGCCAAGCGUGGUAAGUAUGGGCGCCGCUGCAUGGAUCCCGCCCCCAUGUGCCGCGGCGAGGCUGGCGACGAUGCAGUGGCGUACAGCAGGGGUACGUCCCGAGGACACAGGUCGAGCCUGGUGGCUGCUGGCACGCCAGCAUGUGGGUCCGAUCCCCGCAUCGACCGUGUGUGUGACUGCCCGCAUCGAAGCAAUGUUGAAGGGAGUUGAUGGUAAUACUCUGGCAGUGAUGAACCGCAUCGAGGGCUCUGCCAGUCGCGCCCGACGCAAUGGGACGUUGUGCGCUUGUUAUUUAUUUGUUGGCAUAUUAAGGUCCAUCGCGACCCGGGCCUCCAGUUUGCGCAAGAACAAGACGUCGCGCGUCACACCGAGUCACUCUGCACGGCUCUGCAGUCUGCAGGCAGUCGCGAUCCCUCUUCGCCUUACACUGCGCACUUUUUGUAAUCCUUAUCAAAU